AUGGGAGGCCCGAUCGCUGAGCCCCUCCAGGUCGCUGAAAGUGCCGUAGUCAAAGAGCUGCAAGACGAUGACAUUGAUGGCCAAGUCCGUGAGAUUGAUCCAAAGGAGGAGCGAGCAUUUAGCAACGCUUAUGUUUCAGGGAUGCAAGAGGAUCUCAAACUCUAUGGCAAUGAGUUGAACUACUUCACAACAUUUUUUAACAUCGGAUACAUGAUAAUGCUGUGGCCUUCCUGCAUUAUCGUAUCGCACAUAGGGCCUUCGAAGUGGCUUCCAACCUGUGAGGGCGUUUGCACCAUUGCCGUUGCGUUGGCCGCCUUCUUCCUCUUGCCGGGCUAUCCUGAGCGUCCAAAUCCUCUUUCCCGAUUUUACCUGAAGCCGCGCCACAUAGAGAUUGCUUUGGCCCGCGCACGCCGAGUCAGCCGCAAGCCGCAGAUUGGGAUCACCUUACAGGACUUCUUUCGUUGCUUCACAUUCUGGCAGCUCUGGGCGUUUGGGAUCGCUUGGCCACUCGCAGGCAACACGGUGCCAUCCAACUUCUUCAACCUCUGGUUGAAAUCAUUGAAAAACCCAGACGGCACAAAAACCUAUUCCGUUGCCAUGCUCAAUUACAUUCCUAUUGCUGGUCAAGCCGUGCAGCUCGUGGCUGAAGUCCUUUUCAGCGGUGCCAGCGACUACUUUCGCAAAAGACUGCCAUUCUUGCUCCUCCAUUCUGCGAUCAACAUCACUUCCCUCGUCAUACUUAUCAUUAGUCCAGAGAGUCGAGCAACUCAUUUUGCUGGAUAUUUCCUCAAUUAUGUUGGAGCUGUGUCCAUGAUCAUUCUCAUGGCGUGGGCUACCGAGAACUUGCAGCACGAGCCACAAGUUCGCACUAUGCUCUUUGCUUCAGGUACGGUAUUGGCAUAUGUCAUGAGUGCCUUCAUCCCCAUCGCUGCCUUCCCAGCAGUUGAAGCUCCAAAUUGGAGAAUCGGGUCCAAACUCUAUCUUGGCUUUUCGAUCGCGGCUACAGUAAUUUUCUUCGCGAUUUAUUACGGUCUCCGCUGGGAAGCUAGGAGGAUGGCAAAGAGUGAGACUGAUGACGAAGUGGCCGGCGCGUCCGACAACAAUAAUGAGGUGACGCGAAUUGGAAAUGGGGAGAAGGCUUUCGGAUAA